CAAAGCCCAACCACGCCUACUCCGACGGCGAUAUGCUCCUCGUCGACGGCGAACCCGUCACCUCCUCCUCCGCCCUCUCCGGCUCCUCCCGCACGGGGAGCAGCGGGAGGGAGCUCGUGGCGGCGCUCAUGGGAAACCCCGGGCUCUGCGCCGCGUCCGAACGGCUCAGGGCCACUCCGGAGAGGCGGAUAUCGUCGGGGCCUGAGGGGCCCAGGAACGUGUACGUGUUCCAGAGGGAGUACGCCACGGUGGAUCCGGCGCGCGUAGAGUUAGUGGGCACAGAUGAGAUGACUACAUGUGUGGGUGUUAUUAUUCGUAACAACAAGACUGGAAUGAUUUCAAUUAGCCAUAUGGACUUUCCAAAGAUUGUAGAAGGAGGGUUCAAACAGAUGCUAGAAUUACUUGGUGCUGACAAUGCACCAUUUGAUGUUCACCUGAUUGGUGCCUUCGAUGAUUCGUCUACGAAGAUUGAAUUCAUAACUUGUUGGGUAGUCCAUUCUUCUGGAGGGAAGCGCAACAAGCAGGAAGGAUACUCCCAUCCACUUUGCUGCAAGAUAGUUGAAGUGUUGCAUAAAUACGAGCAACAAUUCCACCUUCGGUCUUUUUGUGUUCUUGGGAACAACACUAUGACUGAUUCUUAUGGCAAUGCACGACCAAUAGUUGGUGGGUUUGUGAUGCAAACAUCAUCUGGGGUUGUCACUCCUGCAAGCUUUGAAAUGGCUUCAAGGUGUCCUGAUGAAAUAGUCAGAAGAAUUCGUGUGAGUGUUUCUUCUUAUGAUCCAAAUUGGAAAGCAAAGUUGCUGGAGACUUACGACACACAUGCUGAUAUUUUCCAAAUUGCCCCUACCCGCUGGAUGCCAGACUGGGCAGAAAUAGCAUUCUCACUUAACGAGCUUUCUGACUCUGAAGUCUUGCUUCAGUGCUCCACUUCUCCAGCUGCAGAACCACCUCAUUUUGUGGAAACCGACAGAAGGAAAUGGAAAUACUUGAUGGAGAAUCCAGACUGGGAAGACACAUUUCCAAAGUACAGCCCCCGGGUCUUCCAUCGGACCAAUGAUGGAAGUUGGUCAAGGCAAUCUUAGCAUCAUCAUGUUAUUGUCAUUUAUUGGUGCUCUACAAGCGGAACAAAAUAAGCCUCAUUAGCAGCAGUGAUAGAUUAUGGUCACACCAGGACUUCUUCAAUCGCAGUCAAUUUCUCCAUAUCCGUAUGGUCCUUUUACCUUCAGUUAUCACAUGCAUUUGCCAUAGAUGAUUCGAGAAUUACCUGGAUUCUCCAUGAAAUGUGUAUGGUGAGAAUCCGGUCUGAAGUCAAUGCAUUAAGCAUGGUUUGGUGUGUUU